UCUCCCUUUUUCUGAAUCAAUUCCUGUCUUGUCCUUCUCUUCCACCUUCACUCCCUCCAUUCCUUCGUCCCUUCACACAGACACUCUCUCUCUCAAAAACACUCACAAAUCGGAAUCAAAUUUAAAAUCCCACUAGGUUAGGGUUUCCAACUCCCCUCCAAUUCUCCCUGUAAUGCACUGUGAUUCCCGGGCCCUACAAUGGAGCCACCAGCAAUGUACGGACACUCCCAGCCACUGAACAUGCCUCCGCAGAUCUCUGCCGCCGAAAGCAACGGCUCCGGCCCCGACCCCGCCCUCGACGCCCACCACCACAUUCACUACGAAACUCACGCGCUCGAAGACGGUGCCGCCGGUGCCAUGGUCGUUGUCGAGGAUGUCACUUCCGAUGCGGUCUACGUCUCCGGCGGUGGAGGGCCCGAAGAGUCCAGUCAGCUUACGCUGUCGUUUCGUGGCCAAGUUUACGUCUUCGAUGCUGUUACGCCUGAUAAGGUUCAAGCGGUGUUGUUACUGUUGGGUGGAUGUGAACUGUCUUCGAGUGGUUCGCCAUGUGUGGAUGUGGUGCCUCAACAGAAUCAGAGGGGUUCAAUGGAAUAUCCUGCAAGAUGUAGUCUACCACAGCGAGCUGCGUCGUUAGAUAGGUUCAGGAAGAAGAGGAAAGAGCGAUGUUUUGAUAAGAAAGUGAGAUAUGGUGUACGGCAAGAAGUUGCGCUCAGGAUGCACCGUAAUAAGGGGCAAUUCACUUCAUCUAAGAAACAAGAUGGAGCUAAUAGUUAUGGUACAGACCAAGAUUCAGGACAGGAUGAUAGUCAAUCAGAAACCUCAUGCACACAUUGUGGCACUAGUUCAAAAUCCACCCCAAUGAUGCGGCGAGGGCCGUCUGGUCCAAGGUCACUUUGCAAUGCUUGUGGGCUUUUCUGGGCAAAUAGGGGUGCUUUAAGAGACCUUUCCAAGAGAAAUCAUGAACAGUCUCUUGUACCAGUUGAGCAGGUCGAUGAUGGUAACGUCUCAGAUUGUCGGACUGCCGCCAACCCUGCGCAUAACAAUCUGGCUGCAUACUCAGAGCAUGAUAAUCCUGCUUUGGUAGCUGAUCGUAAAGUUUUCCAGUCCCAGAAAAUGCUCGAGUAGCUCACUCUGCCAUAAGUUGGUCUAUAGUAAUUCCCUUCAGAUUGACAAAUAGAAUGUACAGAUAUAACAAACUCCCAUCAAUGCAACAACUUUGUUUACAUGCUUCGAUCGGUGGCAUUAACAGUUGACCCUGGAUGUAUAACCUGAAAGUUAAGCCAUGAUUCUGCGAUAGGUCACCCAAUCACAAUACCUUGAAUUUUAAUUUUACCUAUUUAUUUUCGAUUCA